CUGGAGGGGGAAGUUCCCAAGUUUGUUUCUCCCUCCAGUCAGCUGCCAUCAUAUUCUGGUUUAGAGAGCAGCGGUCCUUCGCAGUUGAGAGCUUCUUUUCUAACGGUCGCUCACUUGUUACUACGCAACGUGCCUUCCGCGCUCGCUUUGAAAUUCCUCCUCACAGACUCGUUCCUGGCCGUAAUUCGAUUCUGUCGUGGUUUAACUCAUUUCGGGAGUGUGGAAGUGUCGCUAAACCCAGAAAUGGACUUCAACGGACCAUCAGAACUCCGGAAAAUAUCGAAAGAGUGA